AUGUGGAUCCUCGAAUCGAACGGCGACUUUCUUCAAGGCAAACGCAUGUGGUUGAAGCCUGGCCAGAAAUAUUUGUUCGGACGAGUACGCAAAGAUGGAGUGCUUUUCGCCAUCGACCACAAGACAGUCUCCAGGAGACAUUUCGUUAUAGAGGUGGACAACGUCGCAGAUGGGGAUGCGGGCAAUAUACAUGCAAGAACGAAGAUCCGGAUCAUCGAUCAGGGCUCAAAGAGCGGCACGACGGUCAAUGGGGACCAACCCAUGAAAGGCUCCUCCAAGGAGUUGAAGUACGAGGAGAACUCGGUCCGACCAGGUAACUUUCCGCAGGAAAUCAUAAUCAAGUGGCAACCAUGUGUUCUCACCUUCAGUCUACUCAAAAAGGAGAUCAAAUCUGGGGUGCUUAAGACCAAGCAGGCAAAGGUCCAGAGCCUCGAUAUCAAAGCCACGAGCGACUUCCUUCCCGAGCAUACCACAUAUGUGAUAGCGGGCAAGCGGAACACUGCCAAAGGGCUGCAAGCGUUGGUCACUGGGAAACAUGUGGUGACUGAGUCAUACGUCGAUGCGCUACAGUACGCUGCAACACCUCAAAACAUCAGUCAAGAAGAAAACUUGUCCCCGUUGGAAAGCGAUUUCGACACAGCCUGGCCAGAUCCGAGAGACUAUCUCCCGCCUCCAGGGAAAGAGCCCACCAUCAGGCCCGCAGAAGCAUACCAACCGGAUUCAUUGCGAGCCACAAUAUUCGAAGGUUACACCUUCGUCUUUCUCGAUCAAACGCAGUUCGACACCUUGUUACCCGUCAUCACAAGUGGCCAUGGCAAAGCGAUGCUGUUCAAAGCAACCAUCGGUGAAACCACCUCUUCUCAUCUUAUCGAAUUUCUUCGGAAUGCUGCGGGACAUAAAGCGGACGGACAGAACGACCAGGCCUCUGAAGGGAAGGCUAUAUUGGUCCGGUGGUCUGGCAAAGAUGACAUCCAAGAUUUUAUGAAUGAACUAGUGCGCGACACUGCGCUGAAGAUGGACCAGCGAGCCAUUGAGCAGUCCGAAUUCUUGGAUGCCAUCCUUGCAAACGAUGCUGGACUUCUGCAACAGAGCAUUCCCUUUGAAAGCACAGAUGAUGGGAGAAUGGCACCCCCAAACUCUGUCGUUACUCGACACUCUAGUGAAGUGCAAGAAAAGGCUAUCACUCAGAGAUCUGAUUCCGAACGACCUCGAUCUGCUUCGACUACGGGCAAGGCCGCUGCAGACAAAGAGGGAAAGCAGGCAUCUGGCAAUCCCGAUCGCAACGCCACAACUACCCAAACAUCUGUCCCGUCUCAGGAAAGCAGUAAGGCCGAAAGCGCUCCUAAACCAUUUUCCGGACCUCGGUUUUCUCAAAAGACUGGGUUCAAGUACUUUGAUGAUGCUUUUGAUCCUGAUGAAAUUAUUGAUUACGAAGAUGACGAGGCGGAUGCAGCAAUGCCCAGUCCUGAAACCCUUCUCCAGACAUCCGAUAUCAAAGAAGAGCCUCAGACGGAGAGGAAGAAGCGUCGUCGUUCUCCGACUCCGGAUGACGAUGAUGCGUUUGAUGAAGAGAUAGAUAACCUCCUACCUGCGGCUGCUGCUUUCAAACGACAAAAACUCGCUGAAGGCUCUGGACGAGUUGCAACAAGAAAAAUGGAGGCAAGCCAUGCGACUGCUAAGAAAGCAAAGAAAGCACGCGAAAUUGAUGUUCUGGAGGUGGUGAAAGCGCAACGUGAUGAGCGGGAGAAAGCUGCACAACAAGAGCAAGAACAUCUAGAAGCCAUGGGUGAUAUUGAAGAUAAAGGCCCUGCCAACCUCGUUACUGUGGUAAGCAUCCAAUUGCCUCUGAGAGAGCGAUCCAAGAAUAUUGGCAAGGUCAAUGGUGUUCAAACCGAGGAUUGGGAUCCAAAAUGGAACGGUCGCAAGAAUUUCAAGCUAUUUCGUCGCAAGGGCGAAGCUGUACAGCGAAGAGGCCAUGCUACGAGAGUCAUCGUACCUGUCGUUCCAGUGCAGAUGGGUACUCACGGCUUGGGCGAAGAGUACUGGCCCAAAACAAAUGAGGAGAAAGAGCGAGAAAGAGAGCAGAGGCGAAAAGAGAAGUCCAGGAGCCAAACGCAGCAGUCGAGUGGUACUCUUAGUGGAAGAUCUCGAACCAGAAUAGUUGUUGAGGAGGAGGACGAUGAUGAGGACGAAAUUGGAGCGGACGAAGUUCAACAUCAGAACGAGUCGACCGGUCCUGCCGCAAUUCGCUUACAGCAAGAAGUUGCCGAGAUCGUCAACCAUGGAAUUGAUCCCUUUACACCAAGACGGACUCGUGCUUCUGACAGGAGUCAGACCGCAAGUCAUGUUGCCACUACGCAAUCGAGUGUUCCUCCAUCAUCGCAUGCCAAGGGGAAGAGACCUGCUUCUUCUGCUCUUGAGGCGAAUACAUCGAAGAGGCAGAGGACACUUCCUGUCAAUGUUGUGCGCGGCAGUGAUGACGAGGACGACGACGACAGUGACGAUAUGAAGUUUCGAUUCGGCUCGAGGGCGCGUAGGGCCAGGGCAACUACAAAAGACAGAUAG